CCGACAAGAAGAGAAGCCACGGAGACCUCCCUCUCUCCUAAAUCUCAUCGAUUCUGAGGCUUCCGUGAGUAGGGGACAUGGAGAUCCACAGGCUAGAACACAGGAGCGAGGAAGAACAACGGGAGGAGAGGCAGCGGAGUCUGCAUAUGUCCUCUGCCACCAAAAGGAGAACCUUCCGGACCAGUGAGGAAGAGGAACAGUUUAGCUCCCUGGAUUAUUCCCUGGCAGCUGCCCUGGCCCUAACUGCUACAGAGACAUCCUGGGAAGCCAAAUUGAGGAGUGAGGCCUCUGCCCUGGAAGUGGAAAAACGUGGUGAGAAGCGGGUGGGCUUCGGAAAUGACUGGGAGAAAAUCGAGAUCGACAUCCUGAAUGUCUGCCACUUGCUGAGAGAGAGAGUGGACCGGAAAGCCCUGUGGCGGCGGGUAAGCAGGAGAACACAGGGCCCAAACUCGUACAAAAAUGAUAUGAGGAUUGAUCCUCGCCUCUUUCCUGCUGGAAAGUACAGAAUGAAGAAUCAGUUUGGACUGUACACCUUGGAGAUCAGGAGAUGCGCUGUGGAGGAUUCAGCCACCUACACAGUCAUGGUGAAGAAUGCCUACGGCCAAGCCUCCUCCUUUGCCAAAGUUCUUGUGCGGAAAUACCUGGGGAAAGAGGCCGGCUUCGAUUCAGAGAUAUUUAAAAGACUGCUGCUUGGCCCAGAUGUUGAGUUCGAAUCUGUGCUACAGCCUGUUUUUGCCAGGGAGAAGGAGCCCUUCAUUUUGGCCUGUACCUUUACGCAGGAUGUGCCUGAUGGCCAGAGAAACAUCCAGUGGUUCAGAGACGGGAUGCUGCUACAGCAAUCCAAGAGGCGACAGCUCCAGUACCUGGACCGGCAGGCCUCUGUGAAAGUGUCCUGUGCUUAUAAAGAGGACGAGGGACUGUACACAAUCCGAGUGCCCUCUCCCUUCGGCUCCAAGGAGCAGAGUGCCUACGUAUUUGUGAGAGAUGCCCCUGCGGAAAAAGCUGGGGCUCCAGGCUCCCCACUGAACGUGCAGUGCCAUGAUGUGAAUAGAGACUGCCUGAUUCUGACCUGGGCCCCACCCAGUGACACCCGGGGCAGCCCAAUCAUUGGCUAUACCAUUGAAAGGUGCCAGGGAGAUUCUGGAGUGUGGGAGACCUGCCACGAGGCCCCUGGAGGAACCUGCCGGUGUCCUAUUCGAGGACUCGUUGAGGGCCAGAGCUACCGCUUCAGGGUGAGAGCCAUCAACAGAGCAGGCACCAGCCUCCCUUCCAAGGCCACAGAGAUGGUCACCAUGCAAGAUCCCAGGGAAGCUGAGAGGAAGACAGUGAUCCCUUUUGAUCUCGGAAGGAACAUCGCAGUCAGCAAAGCUGAUACUGAAGAUUCAGUGAUCAUCCCUUCCCCCCCAACCAAUGUUCGAGCCAGCGAGACACGGCAGGCUUAUGUCCUCCUGUCCUGGGAUGAGCCAUCUCCCCGAGGCAAAGAGGACCUGACCUACCUGCUGGAGAAGUCCGUUGUAGGCAGCGAUGCUUGGGAAGCAGUAAGCACGGAGACCCCGGUGAAGUCCCCAAGAUUUGCACUCCUGGACCUGGAGAAAGGGAAAGCGUAUCGUUUCCGAGUACGAGCAGCAAACCAAUAUGGCCUGAGUGAUCCUUCGGAGCCCAGUGAACCGAUCACCCUCGGGGAUCCGCCAGCGACUCUUCCUCCUCCUGCUCAAGUCCAAGUUUUCAGAGACACAAAAACCUCUGUCUCCCUUAGUUGGGACCAUGUGAAGGGUGACUCUGAGCUCCUGGGCUAUUAUAUAUAUUCUCGAGAAGUGGGCACUGCUGAAUGGCAGACCGUUAACAACAAACCCAUCAAGAGUAACAAAUUUUCAGUCCCUGGAUUAAAAACAGGGAAGGAAUACAUGUUCUGCGUCCGGUCGGUCAGUGAAGCUGGAGUGGGAGAAAGUUCAGCAGAAUCCGCCCCUGUUACAGUCAAACAGGCCAUCGCCACCCCCUCUGCCCCCUAUGGUUUUGCCCUGCUGGCCUGUGGGAAGAAUGACAUGGUUAUUGGAUGGAAGCCCCCAAAACGCCGAGGAGGAGGCAAGAUCCUGGGCUACUUCCUGGACCAGCAUGAAGAAUCAGAGCCCAAAUGGCAGCCGGUCAACCAUCAGCCAGUGCCUACCCGAGUCUACAAGAUCACUGACCUCCAGGAGGGACAUUUCUAUGAGUUCCGAGCAAGAGCGGUCAACUGGGCAGGAGUGGGUGAGCUCUCAGAGCCCAGUGACCUGUUUGAAUGUAAGGAAUGGACUAUGGCCCAGCCAGGACCCCCAUAUGAUGUGAGGGCUUCUGAGGUGAGGGCCAGUUCCCUGAUGCUGUACUGGGAGCCCCCCCUGUACAAGGGAGCAGGGAUCAUCACUGGCUACCGUAUCAGUGUCCAAGAAGAAGGCUCAGAGACAUGGAAGCCACUUGUCUCUGAUCUUGUCUCAGCCACCCACCUGAGAGUUUCAGAUUUGGAACCAGGAAAAUGUUACAGGUUUCAGGUACAGGCUGUGAAUUCAGCUGGGAUAGGGCAACCAUCUUUGCCCUCUGACUCUGUACUCAUGGAAGAUAAACCAGAUGCCAGGGAAAUCAAAGUUGGUGUGGAUGAAGAAGGUUCUGUCUUCAUGGCUUUUGAGGCCCCUGAGGCUCCAGACUCCUCUGAGUUUGAGUGGGCAAAGGAUUAUGCUGGUCCUCCAGACCCCCAGAGAGUCACAGUGAAAGAUGACGUCUGCAGAUCUAAGCUUAUCCUGAAAGAACCAAGCAAAGAGGACCUAGGAAUCUAUUCAGUGACCGUCACGGAUGCAGAUGAAGAUAUUUCAGCAAGUCAUACUCUGACUGAAGAAGAACUGGACAAAUUGAAGAAACUGAGCCAUGAGAUCAAAAACCCAAUAAUUAAGCUCAUAUCUGGCUGGAACAUUGAUAUUCUUGACCAUGGUGAGGUUCGUCUAUGGCUGGAGGUUGAAAAAUUAUCUCCUGCAGCUGAGCUGCAUUUAAUCUUCAAUGAUAAAGAACUCUUCAGCUCUCCGACGCACAAAAUCAAUUUUGACAGAGAAAAGGGACUUGUGGAACUGAUUAUUCAAAACUUCUCUGAUGAAGACAUGGGAACAUACACAGCUCAGCUCCAGGAUGGAAAAGCUAAGAACCAGAUCACCCUGGCCCUAGUUGAUGAUAGUUUUGAUAAACUUCUGAGGGCCUCGGCUGCUAAAAGGAGAGAUUGGAAGAGAAAACAGGGUCCCCAUUUUGUGGAGCCUUUACAGUGGAAGGUCACUGAAGAAUGUGAAGUGCAUCUGACUUGCAAGGUAACCAACACCAAGAAGGAGUCUCGAUUUCAAUGGUUCUUCCAGAAGAAGGAGAAUCCAAAGGGCCAAUAUGAUGCCCAGACAGGAGAUGGCCUUCUAGUGAUUUCAGAGAUGUCCAAAAAAGACAAGGGCACGUACAGGGCUGCGAUUUCGGACGACAGAGGGGAAGACGACACCGUGCUGGAUCUCACAGGCGAAGCGUACGAUGCCGUUCUCAAUGAGCUCUGCAGGAUCAGUGCCCUUUCUGCCACCCCACUGAAAAUCCAGGGCACUGAAGAAGGCAUUCGAAUCUUCAGCAAGGUGAAGUUCUUUGAUGUGGACUACAUGAAGACCUCCUGGUACCACAAAGAAAAGCGUCUGGAAAGCGGAGAUCGGCUAAAGUCAGGAAGUACUUUGGAUGAAAUCUGGCUCCACAUUCUAGACCCCAAAGACUCUGAUAAGGGCAAAUACACCCUAGAAAUCUCAACUGGAAAAGACAUUCGGAAACUCACAGCUGACUUGUCAGGUCAAGCUUUUGAUGAUGCACUGGCUGAACAUCAGAAACUGAAGCAAGCUGCAAUCAUAGAGAAGAAUCGUGCCAAAGUCGUAAAAGGCCUGCCAGAUGUCGCCACUAUCAUGGAGGAUAAGACCCUGUGUUUGACGUGCAUCAUCUCAGGAGAUCCCUCCCCAGAGAUCACCUGGCUGAAAAAUGACCAGCCCGUGGCCUUCCACGACCGCUAUCGGAUGGAAGUGAAGGGGACUGUGGUCACCAUCACCAUUGAGAGAGUGUGCAGUGAAGACAGCGGACGCUAUGGCAUCUUCGUCAAGAACAAAUACGGCUCUGAGACCGGGCUGGUCACCGUCAGUGUAUUCAAGCACGGAGAGGAGCCCAAAGAGCUGAGGAAGCAAAAAUAGCGAGUUUUCAGAAUGUCCGGCUGCUGGGUCAGACUCCAGUGGUGGCUAUGUGGUGUAGUGGAAAGAGGACUGGACUUAGAGCCAUGGCUUGAGGUCUCCUUAUUCUGUAACUCCCCCUCUCUGAAUCUCAAUUUUCUCAUCUGCUAAAUGGGGAUAAUAAAAAUUGCAUUGCCCACCUUACUGGGUAAAUGAUAAGGAA